CUCUUGCUGGCCCAGUGAAGGCAUUGUGGGUUUUCUUCUUCCCUGAUAACCCAACUAUUUGUAGUUGCUAUACAGGCACAUACUUGAUGAAGUAUUUGAUACCCUCUAUUGUUAUUGUAAGUUAUAUUAUUUCCUUGUUGGCAUUUUUGCUGAAUUAUGCUGAAAACUAGGUUAAGAAAUUUAAUAUCUCCUUAAAGCACAGAUACUCAGAGUUAAGAAUGAAGUAGGAAAAUUAUCUAAAUUCUGGUGAACUGCGCUCGUGUGAUUGUUUAUAGGGGGCUGUGUUUGGAAUAGACCUCUUGUACAAAAAGGCUGCUCCUCUGCCUUCUGAACCAUUCCCAUAGCAGAUCCACAGGAGAGACCUGAUAGAUUCGUGUUUUACUAAUCCUGCCCUUGCAGUCUUAAGUGACUGGUACUAGGACUGUCUUGUCAUCUGUAAAUGAAUGUAAGCCCUUCUGCAAACAUCAGGAUGCAAACAUCUCUCCCCGAUGUUAAUCUGGCCAGUAGGAAGGGCACAGGAAGGAUCUGAGCAAUGGGUCCUUGAAAACAUUUGGAAAUACUCCAGUGGCACCAGGUUAUUCUUUAACAUUUAAGACAACAAAGGGACAGUUCUUGGUCUAGGAAGCCAAGAAUCAGAGUUCAGCCAUAAGGUUUUGCUUGGGAAGAAAGUCUGGAGGGAUCAAUCUCUAUAUUUUGAAAUUCUAAACUUGAAAUAGCAAUUGACUCAUGUGUUGUCUUACAGGUGCUAGUCAGAGUUAGAGCUGGCAUCCUGCCCACCUGCAGUCGGGUAGCUGAUGAGUGCUGGAGGCAUCCUGCCACACUCCUGGCCACACAGGCUGGUGGGGGAUACACAGAACUUUGUGGUUCAUGCCCUUCCUGGUGUGAGGACUCUAUUUCUGAGCAGCUUUUACCUAAACAAGAUGUUACAGGCAGCUGCAGUUCAUUGACUAAUAAGAAAUUAAUAACUGGGCAGCACAAAUGAGGGUUGCUCUGUGAAAGUUUCACUAAAAUUCACAGCAGCUUUUAACAGAGCUAUUGUCAGCAGUUUUGAUUCUUUCUGGGAGAGAAUCCUUCCUGGGCCUUCUCUUAAACCUUAAAAUAAGUCAGAAUGAUUCAACUGUUUUAUAGCAAUUGCUGUUAAAUUUCAGGAAAUAUGCACUUAGCAUGUGCUGUACUGCCUGUAGAGUGCACAGGUUUGCUGUUGUUAGAGCCUGGGCUUCUGAUGAUGGCUUUAAGCAAUUUGUGACAAUGCUGAGAAUGUGGCAUCGAGUGACUGUCUACUCUGCCAGAUAAACUGCUUACCUUGAAUCUCCUCCUGCUUCCCGAGCCCCGGGCACAGGGCAUGCACAGAUCUCAGUGAGGAUGGGUUCCACAGCCCUGCCCCACCGCUGUGUGCGGUGUGUAACAGUUCAUUGACUGAAGUCUGUGGGUGGUGCCAAGGCAGUAGCGACCUCAUUGGUGCCUCAGAUAUGUUGCAAUUUCCAGGUCUGAUGUUUUUUUCCAAGUGUACAGGCAGUGUGAGGAGAGGCAUGCUUUCUUUUCCUGUAGUCAUUACGAGGUGACGCGUGUCGAGGUGAGCAGGGCUUAUCGUUGAACAGAGCGCAUCAGCAAUUGAAAGCAGCUGAUUUUCACCUAAGACCAGGCUGGAGAGAGCACUCUUGCAGGAGCCUUGAUCUCUGGGAGUUCUGAAGGCUGAAAGAAUCACAGAUCCUAAAGCUUUCACCAUGAAGAGCUCCAGAAAUGUUUUCUAUCUUCUCUUCUUUCAUGCUGCUCUCGGCCUGGAGCGUGUCCGGUGGUGCACGGUGUCUGAACCAGAACUUUCCAAGUGUAAUGACAUGAGCAAGGCCUUUAGUGAGGCUGGCAUCCUUCCCCCUCUGGAGUGUACAGCAGGGGGGUCAGCUGCUAACUGCACCCAGAUGAUCAAGGAUGACUUGGCAGAUGCAGUGACCCUGGAUGGCCGUUUGAUUUUCCAGGCUGGAAGGGAGCAUGGUCUGAAACCUGUGGUUGGGGAAGUAUAUGAUCAAGAGAUUGGAACUUCCUAUUACGCUGUGGCUGUGGUCAAGAGAAGCUCCAACAUCACCUUGGAGAGCUUGAAGGGAGCGCGCUCGUGUCACACCGGCAUCAACCGGACUGCGGGCUGGGACGUGCCCGUGGGCUACCUCACUGACACUGGGCACCUGGCACCCAUGGGCUGUGACCUGCCAAAAGCUGUGAGUGACUAUUUCAAUGCAAGUUGUGUUCCUGGAGCAAAUGGUGUGAACUAUCCCAAAUCCCUCUGUCAGCUCUGCAAAGGAGACUCAGAAGGACAGAACAAAUGUGAACUAAAUUCCCAAGAGCAAUACUAUGACUACAGUGGAGCUUUCAGGUGUUUGGCUGAAAAUGCUGGAGAGGUUGCUUUUGUGAAGCACAGCACAGUGCCUGAAUAUACAGAUGGGAGGAGCCUUUCUUCCUGGGCCCAGCGGCUGCGCUCCCGCGACUUCCAGCUGCUGUGCCGCGAUGGCCGGAGAGCCGACGUCACCGAGUGGAGAAGCUGCCACCUGGCCCGAGUCCCCGCUCGGGCCGUGCUCGUGCGGCCUGACACAGACGGGACAGUUCUCUUCCAGCUCCUAAACCAGGGACAACAAAGAUUUAAUGGGGUGGGCGCCAAGUUUCAGAUGUUUGACUCUGCAGUCUACGGCGCCCAAAAUCUCCUGUUCCGAGAUGCCACCACAGAGCUUGUUGCAAUCACAGCUCAGAAUUACCAGGCAUGGCUGGGUGAUGAGUAUCUUCGUGCCAUGCAAGCUCUGAGCUGCAACCCCAACGCAAUGCCAGAAAGCCUGAACUGGUGUGUUGUAUCCACCGAGGAGAUUUGGAAAUGUGGUGAAAUGGCUGUUGCCUUUAGAAAAAAGAAUUUGAAACCAGCAAUUCAGUGUAUUUCAGCCAAGACAAAGGAAGAGUGCAUGGAGCUGAUCCAGAAAAAGGAAAGUGAUGCUGUAGUUCUGGGUGGAGCUGAUAUUUACACAGCUGGCAAGACGUAUGGCCUUGUACCAGCUGCUGGAGAAAGUUACUCUGCUGAUGACAGCAGCAAUGCAUACUAUGCUGUGGUGUUAGUGAAACGAAAUCUGUCCAAUGCAUUCACCAUCAGUGACCUGAGAGGGAAGAAGUCCUGCCACACAGGACUGGGGAGAAAUGCUGGAUGGAAUAUUCCCAUUGGUGUACUAAUUAAGAGGGGGAUUAUUAAGAACAGAGACUGUAAUAUUCCUCAAGCUGUGAGUGAGUUUUUCUCUGCCAGCUGUGUGCCCUCAGCUGAGCAGGACAAUUACCCAGCAAAGCUCUGUCAACUGUGUAUCGGGGAUGAGAGUGGAAACAACAAAUGCAGUGCAAGCAGCCAAGAACGUUACUACAGCUACAGUGGAGCCUUCAGGUGCCUGGUAGAGGAUUCUGGGGAUGUGGCCUUUGUGAAGCACUCGACAGUGUUUGAGAACACAGAUGGUAAAAACACUGCUAGUUGGGCCCAGAAGUUGAAGUCCAGUGAUUUCCAGUUACUGUGUCCCAAUGGUGCCCGUGCUGAAGUCACCCAGUUUGCUGAUUGUCACCUGGCCCAGGUGCCAGCUCAGGCUGUUAUGGUUCACCCAGAUGUCAAUGUUUUUGCUCUAUAUGGACUAUUGGACAGAGCCCAGGUCUACUUUGGAAAUAGCAGCAAUGGAAAUGGAUUCAAAAUGUUUGAGUCUUCAACUUUUCAGGGAAAAGACUUGAUUUUUAAGGAUUCUACUGUUGAGAUUGUGCCAGUGAAAGAGAGGAGAACAUACACAGAAUGGCUGGGGAGUGAAUAUAUUGAGUCCCUUGAAGGGCUGCAAACACCCCAGUGCUCUGGGGCAGGCAAUAGGAUAACACAAUACUCAUUCAUGGCUACUGUCAUUCCCCUCCUUGCUCUGUGUCAGAUACAGGGCUUGGACUAGCACAGUCCAAGUGGAACUUCCAGGCCAUCUCUGCCCUGCCACCUUCUCUUCAGAAAAGCUGCUGUCUGGAUAACAUGCUGUGCUACCAUGUGAAUGCCUCUUCUGCCUCCUUGCAGGGCAAGUGCCAACAGCAUCUGCUCAUCAGGGAGUAGGGUAGAGCUGGAAGCUGCCCCUGUCUGUGGGGAUGGGGUGGAAUUUGGGGCAGAAACCAGCAAUACAGUAUCAACAUGGUUUACAAGAUCAAUCUAAAACUGGAGCAUCUCUGCCAUUGUUGCUGAUAUUGAACCACCCAGGAUUCCCAAGAACUGUUAGAUGGAUUCUGGGUUUCUGAUCUGUAGAAGAAUUUCUUGGAAGGCAAUGUCAAAACUCUGGUCUAGUGGAUUCUCUCCCUAGUGCCUCCUGGCUGGCUAUGCUCACUCCACAUCCCUGCUUUACCCAUCCUGCUUUGUUUCUCCUGAGCUCUGCUGCCACAGAGGUAAGUGCACAGAGAAUGGACAGUCUGUGAAUAAAGACCAGCCCAUCUUUUGCCAUGGACAAAGUCUUCUACCUUCCAGCAGAAGAAAGUAGGGGAAAUUUCCAAAGUCACUGGAUGAAAAAGAAGCUCUGAGAGACUGGAAGGGGGAUUACCCUUUGAGAGAAAAGAACAAAGCCAAACGUGAGCAUCCACUGAGCUUAUUGACUUUCCACACCAAGUGCUCUCAUGGCUGGCCAGAGAUGUCCUGUGAUGUUUAGUUUGAUGCAGCCUUCAUCAAGAACCUCAUGGCUGUCCUCCUUCCACAGGGGCCAAUUCUGAGUGCCUUGUGCAUGAAAUCUGUAUUUGCUGUAGGUGAAACAAAGUACUUCACUUCUGAGUAGCCAUUUCUAGUGGCUGUGGUAUUCAGGUUUUAUUUUUAUCCAUAGCUGCACUAAUCACAGAUGUUGCUGUGCUGCUGGCAGGCACUGCCCUCCUGACUGUAGAGACCACCUCAUGAUCCUGGGAUGAACAGACAUGUAGUGUAAUAAAAACCUGGUAAAGCCAGAUAGCAAUCACAUAAAUAAGUGAAAAUAGCAAAUAAACAUGAAAAGUAAUCACACUUUAACCA